GAGCCCGAGCUGAGCGCGGCAGGGGCAGAGCCAGCCCCGGUGACACCGCGGGGGGACGGGGCCCGGGGGACCCCGGGGACACUCUGGGGACACUCCAGGGACACUGAGGACACUCCAGGGACACUCCGCGAUGGAGGAGGCCGUGGUGAAGCAGGGCUGGAUUUACCUGCAGCUCCAGCAAACCUUCGGGAAGAAGUGGAAGAAGUUCUGGGCCGUGCUGUACCGGGAGAGCCCCUGCUCCACGGCGCGCCUGGAGCUGCAGGACGGCCCCGAGCGGCCGCGCCGGCCCGAGCGGCGCCUGGUGCGCCUCAGCGACUGCGUGCACGUGGCCGAGGCGGGCGGUGACACCGGGCCCAGGGACACCGUCCCCUUCCUGCUGGAGACCACCGAGCGCCGGCUGCUGCUGGCCGCCGACGCCGCCGACGCCGCCGAGUGGGUGCGGCGGCUGUGCGAGCUGGCGUUCCCGAGGAGCCGGGAGGAGCCGGGAGUGGGGCCCAAGGAGGGCAGCGAGGGCGAGUUCUCCAUGGAGGAAAAUUCCCUGUACAGCUCCCAGGGCAGAGCCGGCCUGGAGCAGUCCUUCGAGGUGACGGUGCGGCCGACGCCGUCGGCGCAGCGCUGCCGGCUGCGGGGCCGCUGCGUGCUGCGGGCGGGCCCGGAGGCGCUGGAGCUGCGGCAGCCGCCGAGCCAGGAGCCGCUGCUGCGCUGGCCCUACCGCCUGCUGCGCCGCUUCGGCCGCGACAAGGCCACCUUCUCCUUCGAGGCCGGCCGGCGCUGCGAGUCCGGCGAGGGCAGCUUCGAGUUUGACACCCGGCAGGGCAACGAGAUCUUCGCGGCCGUCGAGGCGGCCAUCGAGGUGCAGCGCGGCCGCGGGGCCCACGAGGAGCCCCAGGGCGCCCCCGGCGAGGGCAGGGGGCUCAAGGCCAAGCCGGCGGUGCCCCCCGGGGCCGGGGAGCCGCCGGGGCCGCCGCGGGGCGCGGAUUUUCCCUACGCCGAGCCCCGCGAUUCCCUGCGCCGCGGGAACGCCGGGGGCGCCGCGGUGGAGGCCGAGUACGCCGUUCCCUUCGACGCCGUCGCCAAGUCCUUCCUGGCCCGGCAGCUCGGCGGCCUGGGCUGUCCCCAGGAGGGGCUCCCCGAGGUCCUGAGCGUCCCCAGGGACGCCGGAGGGGGUCAGCGGCCCCCCGGCCGCCCCACGGCCCCCAAACCCGAGCACAUCUACGACGAGCCCGAGGGUCUCUCGGCGCUCUCGCUGUACGACGAGCCCCAGGAGGUGAAGGGGGAGGCGUGGAGGCUGCAGGCGGCCCCCGAGGAGCCCCCCGCGCUCGGCUGUCCCUACGACGCCCAGCGCGAUGACUACGCCGUCCCCAAGAGGCCCUUCCUGCUGCAGGGCAAGGAGUGGCUGGGCCACAGCGACUACGACAACGUGGCCCUCAAGGUGGCCAAGAAGAGGAACCUGCAGUGAGCGGGGGAGAGGAGGAGGGGACACCCCAAAUCCCCCGGUCGGAUUUUAUCCCACCCCCGGCAGAGAUGAGACCCCCUCCGGGCGACAUUGGGCAGCUGGGGAGUGGCAGGGGACACCUGGGGGGUGGCAGGGGACACACCUGGGGGGUGGCAGAGGACACACCUGGGGGGUGGCAGGGGACAGCUGGAAGCGCUGGGAGCGGGAUGCGCCCACUGGAGGGCAGUGCGAGCCCACCGGAGCGGCGGUGCCCGGGCAGCCGCAGCCCCCGGAGCCCGAAUCCUGCUCCUCGCCCGCUCCUCGCCCUGCUCAUCCCGCCGGGAUGCGCUUCCAGAGGCGGCCGGAGCAGGAAUGGGCCUGGGGUGCUCGGCUGGAUGGGCUUCCCCAGGGAUGGACAUCCUGAAUCCCUCAGAGAUGGAGAUCCUGAAUCCCUCAGGGAUGGAGAUCCCGAAUCCUUCAGGGAUGGACAUCCUGAAUCCCUCAGGGAUGGACAUCCUGAAUCCCCCAGGAUGGACAUCCCGAAUCCUUCAGGGAUGGACAUCCCGAAUCCCCCAGGGAUGGACAGUGCUCAUUCCAGGGUUUCAGAUGCCACCCCUGUGACCCCCCGUGCCCACACACAGCUCCCAGUGCUCCCAGUAUGUUCCAGUGCCAGGCCAGGGCCGGGUUCUUCCCUGUCCCGAGGUCCCUCCUGCUCCUUGCUUAAACCCACAAAUUCCAGCUGUUCCAGCAGCACUUUUGGUUUUCAUUCCCUUUAUAACCCCCCUUUUCCAGCCCCUCUGAAUUCCAGAUGGAAAACUGGGCUUUAUUCUCAUGGAAAUUUUCAUGGCUGGCUCCAGUCCUCCCAGUACAAACCAGCACAAACCAGUACACGGCCUCUGGGUCAUCCUCCUUUUCCUUUUUACCUUUUCCUUUUCCCCUUUUCCUUUUCCCUUUCCCCUUUUCCUUUCCCUUUUCCUUUUCUUCUUUUCCUCUUUUCCUUUUCCUUUCCUGUUCCUUUUUCCCUUUUCCUUUUCCCUUUUCCUCCUCCUCCUCUUCCCAGCCACCUCCAGCCUCUCCUCGGGGACAUCCCUCCCCUCAUCCCAACUCCCCAGGAAUUUCCCUGGAUCCAGGACCCCCCUCGCCGCCCCCAGCCCCGGCCCGGAGCAUCCUCGGGAUCCCGCUUUUCCAUGGAAAGCGCAGACAUUCCAUGAAUUAUUUACAACCCCUCGGGAUCGGAGGCGGCGCUCAGGUGCUCCAGUUCAUUUCCGGGACGCUGCCAAUCCAGCGGGCGGGCGCUAAUGAGCCUAAUUAAGAGCUUUUUGUGAGAGGCGCUGAUUAAAGCUCCGCAUCCAUCGCUGCCUCCCGGGCGGGGCUGAAGGGAGCGGGAUGCGCAGGUGGGAUCCCGCUCCAGGUGGGAUCACGCAGGGAAAAAACGCCUCAAGGUGGUCCAAAAUAAAGGAAAUAAAAAGUU